AUGAUAAAUAAUUUAUAAAUUGCACCACUAACUGCUCUUCACAAAUUACUGUCAGUCAAUAAGACAAUCAAAAUUAAUGAUAAACUUCAUGAAUCAUAAAAAUAAAAGAGUCUUCAAAAAUCUAUUUAAAAUUUAAGCAGCAGCUAAUGUGAAAUGAUGAAUACUAAAAUGAAAAAUAAAUUGCCAACUCCAAAAAAUACAAUUGAUUUAUCUUUAAGAUAAAGUCUUGGCAAAAUUAGUAACAAUAACGAUAGUGGAAUCAAAACUAACAAAAAUAUUAAAAAUGAACUUAUAUCAGUCCUCAGAAAAGCUUAGAGUUAAUCUAAAAAAAAUAAUAAUCUAGAAAAAUUAUUAAGCACUUCUAAUGCUCCUAAAUAAUUUAGUAAUUUAGAAAAUUUUAAAAUGAAAAGACCUCCUUUACUUUAAUAUUUAGGUGAAGAAAAUGAGAAAUUAAAAAUUUAAAGUGCAAAAAGUGCUACAGAAAAAAAUAAAAGUCCUGAAAAUAGAUAUUCAUCUGGUAUUAAUUUUAAAUAUUUUAGGAUUUUUUACAAGUACUAAUUAAAGGUAGUAACUAUUUGGAUCCUUGAAUGAAGUUUUGAAAUAAUAUAUCCAAUGCAAAAGCUAACAGAAGUGUAAAUAAAUUUAUUAAUUUAGAGGCUGGAACUGGAGAAGGUAUCAAAGUUUGUAAAUCUGCUAGAAGUACUUAAUAGUAACUAUUAAUGAAUGACCCAGAAAAUCAAGAGAAAUACUUCCCUAAGCAAAAGUCUGAUUAUUCCAAAGGAUAAUCAAAAAUACUUCAUGAGAAUUUACAUAAUUUAUUUUUAAAGACUUAGAAUGUAUUAGCCAAAUACUAAGCCAAAGAACUUUAAUGGAAAAAAUAAAAAAAAUAAUUAAGAGAUGAAAUUAGGAUUCUUAAAUAAUUAUUGAAAUAACAGCAAUUAUAAAAUUAAAUAUAUCACUGA